GCGCUAGGCUGUGGCGGCGACGGGGGUGUUGUUACCCGGAUAUCGCGCAUGCGCGGUUGCGUCCAAACGUGGCGGCGACGACCGCGAGCGUGAGCUGCCGGAGCUGUGGUAACAAGGCGACAGCGGCCGGCACUGGACGUCCAGGUCCACCCUCCUCCGCGCCGCCGGCCUGAGGGUGGGAGGGCGGAGGCCUGGCCCGCUCCGGGGCCGGCUGAGGCGAGAGGAGGCUUACCCCCGCCGUCGUUGCCACCCCUUACCACAGCCGCAGGCCGCGCCCGGAGAGCGGCCACUCCGCCGCGGCCCAGUAGGGUUUAUCGUCAGGCCUGGAUUAACUGUCUUGCCCAAGAUGUUGGAUUGCUGAUUGCCUGGAUCAUAUUCCUUUGGGUUACGUCCCUGACUUCCAACUCCAUCCAUAACAGCCUGGUUUGUCUGCGUUUUACCAAGAGACAGUACAUCUAACACUUAACUUGGAUCAUCUCUUGUUCAUCAGCUUGAAAAUCAUAACAGCCCCCAAAACUGACAUUUGAUCUGAAAGAAAAAGCUGUGACAAAUGGACAAUAUGUCUAUUACUAACACGCCAACAAGUAAUGAUGCUUGUCUGAGCAUUGUUCACAGCUUGAUGUGCCAUCGACAAGGUGGAGAGAGUGAAACUUUUGCAAAACGCGCAAUUGAAAGUUUAGUUAAAAAGCUAAAGGAGAAAAAAGAUGAAUUGGAUUCUUUGAUUACAGCUAUAACCACAAAUGGAGCUCAUCCUAGCAAGUGUGUUACAAUACAGAGAACGCUGGAUGGGAGGCUUCAGGUGGCUGGUCGCAAGGGAUUCCCUCAUGUGAUUUAUGCUCGUCUUUGGAGAUGGCCUGAUCUUCAUAAAAAUGAACUCAAGCAUGUUAAAUAUUGUCAGUAUGCUUUUGACUUAAAAUGUGACAGUGUCUGUGUAAAUCCUUACCAUUAUGAGCGUGUAGUCUCACCUGGCAUUGAUCUCUCGGGACUGACACUACAGAGUUCUGCUCCAUCAAGCAUGUUGGUGAAAGACGAAUACGUUCACGACUACGAGGGGCAGCCGUCAUUGUCUUCUGCUGAAGGUCAUUCAGUCCAAACCAUCCAGCAUCCACCAAGUAACAGGGCAUCUACAGAGCCUUAUAGCACCCCAGCCAUGUUAGUUCCUACUGAGGCUAGCACUACCAGCACCACUAAUUUUCCCAACAUUCCUGUGGCUUCAACAAGUCAACCUACCAGUAUAUUGACAGGUAGCCAUAGUGAUGGACUCUUACAGAUUGCUUCAGGGCCUCAGCCAGGAACUCAGCAGAAUGGGUUUACAGCUCAGACAGCUACUUACCAUCACAAUAGUACUACAACUUGGACUGGAAGUCGGACGGCAGCCUACACACCUACCAUACCUCACCACCAGAACGGCCAUCUUCAACAUCAUCCACCUAUGCAUCCUGGGCAUUACUGGCCAGUUCACAAUGAACUUGCAUUCCAGCCUCCAAUAUCAAAUCAUCCUGCUCCAGAUUAUUGGUGUUCAAUUGCAUAUUUUGAAAUGGACGUGCAAGUCGGAGAAACAUUUAAGGUCCCUUCAAGCUGUCCAAUUGUUACUGUUGAUGGAUAUGUGGAUCCUUCUGGAGGAGAUCGUUUUUGCCUGGGCCAGCUUUCCAAUGUGCAUAGAACAGAAGCCAUUGAGAGAGCAAGGUUGCACAUAGGUAAAGGGGUGCAGUUGGAGUGCAAAGGAGAAGGUGACGUGUGGGUUAGGUGCCUCAGUGACCAUGCGGUCUUCGUUCAGAGUUACUACCUGGAUAGAGAAGCAGGGCGUGCACCAGGGGAUGCAGUUCACAAGAUUUACCCAAGUGCAUAUAUAAAGGUAUUUGAUUUACGCCAGUGUCAUCGUCAGAUGCAACAGCAGGCUGCCACAGCCCAAGCUGCUGCUGCUGCUCAAGCUGCAGCAGUAGCAGGAAACAUCCCUGGACCAGGAUCAGUAGGUGGAAUAGCCCCAGCCAUUAGUUUGUCAGCUGCUGCUGGAAUUGGUGUAGAUGACCUUCGCCGCUUAUGCAUACUCAGGAUGAGUUUUGUGAAAGGUUGGGGACCUGAUUACCCAAGACAGAGCAUCAAAGAGACACCAUGCUGGAUUGAAAUUCACUUACACCGUGCCCUCCAGCUUCUAGAUGAAGUACUUCAUACCAUGCCUAUUGCAGACCCACAACCUUUAGACUGAGAUCCCUCUGCUGCACUGCUGCAGGCCAUUAUAUUGUGAGGAUGGUGGAUUGUAAAAUACAGUUCUGUUUAUAGCCUGAAGAUAUAUUUUACUUUUGUUCUGCCUAAUCUUCUAAAACCAGGUUUUAAAAAUGUGUUUGCCACCUUGCUGUUAGCAGAAAGAAAUUAAAUAUGCAGAAUUUGGAUUUCAGUUAUUUUCAGAACUUAAUUGUCAUAAUACAGGGCUUAAAGUGAAAGGUAAACACCUCACAGAGACUUUACAGUGUUGGGUUUGUUCCCUUUGAAACUUUCCUUCUCUAUUAUGGCAUCUUGGUGAUAAGUCUCACAGGAGCCUUUUGUAUGCAGAAUAUAUAUUAUAUAUAUAUUUAUAUCUGAAAAUUCCUUCUACUAGUUACAAACAUUUACCUUGUAGCAACUUUAAAGUUUCAGAUGAUUUGUGAUGUUCUUUUUAGGGAACAAUAGUUAACAGAAGACUUCUUUAUUUUGUUGACAAUCUUGUUAUGAUUUUUCAGAUUAAAACAUAGAAGCUGCCAAAAAGUGAGAGGAUGAGACAUAUGUUGUUGGCACUGAUUAAAAAUACCAAGGAAAAGCAAUGUGGCUUUUCCUUCACUAGUUUUUUAAAAAAGAUAUCUUAGAUUUUUAUUUAUAUAGACAGGUAAGUUUUAAAACACUAAAGGAAAUGGAUACUUUCAGUGCUGGCACUCAGUUUAAAUAACAUGAAAUACCCAGUCUGCAAAGUUGGCACUGAAAUUGCAUAAUGAGCACCUAAUGGCAGGAACAUAUUUUCAUAAUUACUACUGACUUCUGUGAUUUUACUCAAGUAAAACUUGGCAGGUAUUUUAAAGAAGUUGCAUGACUCUUUUUACUUGCAUAUACCAUUAAAUCAUGUAUAAUAUUGCACCAAUAUUCAGGAUCCAGUUUUUGUACCUGUUCACCAUUUCCACUCGGCAAGAUGGCAAACCUCUUGGUUAUUUUAAGUCCUAUGCCAUCAACGAUCGUAUCAAUUGGCAAUGACCUUGUGUAGAGAAUUUAUAGUGAAAAAAAAUGCACAUGUAUUGACUGUAUGACAGAUACAAUGCGUAUGCUUUCUCUCUAGCUAAUAGUAUAAAUAAAAUGAUGAAAACCCU